AUGGACCUCGCCGACUCGGAUACCGCCAUGGACGACGUCCACGCCCAGGCAGCAGUCUCUGCCGACAUGGUCGUGGACCACUCGACCCAACAGCGGCAAUCCGACCUCGAUCCUGCCGCCAGGCGCGAGACGCUACGCUCCCUGCAGCAGGCGCUGCUCAAGCGCACGAACUCCACCGCCGAAUCAUCGCAGCUCCUCGCCCAGCUGGUCGACACCUACCAGCGCACCGCUACAGACCUGGCCCUGCUGCCGCAAGAGUGGAAGACCUACCUCGCCGCCCUGCUACACGCCCACGCCGAGGCGGGCCUCGAUCCAGCCGGCCUCGAGUCGAUCCUCGAGGAGCACGCCAGGAGCUGCGACACGCUCAUCGACACCGGUCUCGUACGCCUCUACAUCAGCCUGCUGCUUCACUACUUUGGCGCGACGUCUUCGAUCGUCGUACCCACAUCAGCGAAGCGCGACGGAGAAGACGAAGAUGACGACGAUGCGGAGAGAGGCGCGGAGGACAAGGGGCGGGACAGCAUCGAGCCACUGGCGGCUUGGACGGGCGUCACCGGCGGUCCCAGCAUCGACGCAGCGACGUCCACCUACGUCCCGAGCUCGCUGCCAAGGCUCCGGACAGAAAGCUCCGAGGCUGCGCUUCAGUCCAUCCUCAGCGUCGAAGCCGUGCGGAGCGCGAUACGAGCGGCCUACACCCGGUGCGCCUAUCACAUCGACGAGAGCCAAUUGGUCUGGCAGCUAUACCUCGCAUUCGAGCAGGCGCUCCUCGACUCGAAUCACGGCGAUGCAGCGGCUCAGACCGAGACCAUCAAGCAAGCCUACCUGGCCAGGCUGCGCGUGCCCCAUGUCUGCAUCGACGAUACAUUCCAGAGCUACUCGCGCUUCGUAACCAACCACCUUCCCGCCGAGAGCUACGAAACCGAGCUUCUGGCCGCCAACAAAGUCUUCGCCUCAUCCAAAAAGGUCCUCGCCGAGCGAGAGCAGUACGAGGACAGCCUGGCCGCGCUGCGGGCCUACCAAAAGACGGCCGGCGUAUCGCGCCCGGACCCUGCGACGUUUGCCACAUACUGGAAGCCCUACCUGCUGUGGCAGCAGAAGGCGGCCGCCAGAGCUGCGAGGGGCAAGGACAAGGCGCUGGCCCAGACCGAGCAGAGCCUCGCCAGUGGUCUCUACGAGCGCGCGAUUUCGCAGUACGGAACCUAUCCGCCAAGUCCAGAGUCGGACCUGCAGCAGUGGGAGACGGAACCGCCCACGGCGGCUUGGCUUGCCAAGCAGACGGAGUGGCAGAAGAAGGUGCGCAAGACGGACAAGGAGCAGCAGAGAGCGGAAGCGGAGCAGCGCUUCUACGAACGCACCUCCAUCGCCGAAGGCCUUUGGCAGGACUAUGUUUCGACCUUGCACCUCUCGGCCAAGCCAGACGUCAUCCUGGUCCUCAAGACGUGCGAACGGUCGACGCACGUGCUGCCCGGCUCGGCGUCGGUGUUCACCACCUACAUGAGGCAGCUGUCCCGCUUCAAGAGGCCAAAGAACCUGAUCGAGGAUGUCUUUGCUCGCAUCAUGAGCUAUCCCGGCAUUACGGAGAAAGGUGCUGGGCUCGUCGAUCUGCUGAUCGCCCGGAUCGACUGCGAGCGGGAAGCGGCAGCUCGAGAGCUUGCGGCCACGUCGGCAGAGGCGGGCCCCGACGUCGACCCGGCCUCGUCGAUGGACAAGUUCAUGGAGGUGUACGCGCUGAUCAGCUACGGCCUCAGCGAGACGGGCAAGCUGGCAUCCGCGGAGCAGGACGGCGCGCUGCGGCUGGAGCGCUACGCCGUCGACUGGGUCGAGCGGGCCGUCGCCGCGCUCGGAGGGCCGGACUCGGAAGCGGGUGCCGGGCUCAACGAGCUGGCCGAGACCGUGUGGCAGAAUGCGGUCAAGGCGCAGGGCGAAAACGUGCGCGUCUACCGCGAGGCGGCGGCCUACUGGAUCCGGCGCCACGACGCGCGCAAGGCGAGGGGGUGGUUCAAGGGCUGCGUCAACAAGUUUGAGCGGUCGCUCAGCUCGCGGGCGGGGCAGGACACGGCGGGCUACGAGCAGCUGCUCGACGAGUGGCUCCAGUUUGAGCACCAGCGCGGCAGGAUCGAGGACGUCGACUACGCCGUCAGCAAGGCCAAGGCGGAGCGGGAGCGCAUCUGGCAGCUGUGGUACGCUUCGUACGCCACCGAGCAGGGGCCCGAGCAGCCUCAGCAGCAGCACCAGCAUCAGCAAGUCGCCGCAGACGCCGCUGACGAGGCCGUGGCUGUCGGUGCCCUGGUCGAUGCCAGCACCGACAGCAUCGCAGGAGUCAAGCGCAAAGCCGAAGACGCCGUCGGCGGCGCGACCGGCUCGAAGAACAGCAACGCCGACCCGAUCAACAACGACGGUGGCGCGACAGACCCUGCUACCACUGCGGCUCUGAAUGCCGACCCAACGCCCGCCGCACCCGCCGCAACCGCAACCGCCGCCGCCGACGAGUCGCAAAAAAAGGCCAAGACUCACGACGAGCCGACGAGGGAUCGCGAAAACAGCUCGGUGCUGGUGGCCGGACUUCCCGCUGACGUGGCGCCGGGGGCGAUCCGCGCGUUCCUGCGCGACUGCGGCGAGAUCGUGUCGAUCACCGGUCCGCGACAGCUCACCGACGCGUCGAGCGGCGAGGCGACGGCCGCAGCGCUGGUCGAGUUCCGCGACCGGGCGGGUGCGGCGUCGGCGCAGACGCGCAACAUGAAGCGGCUGCACGACGCCGUGGCCUCGGUGCACCUGGGGUGGCAGUGCACGCUGUUCGUGACAAACUUCCCAGAGUCGUGGGACGACGAGGCGGUGCGCCGCACGUUUGGGCCGUACGGCACCAUCUUUGACGUGCGCUGGCCGAGCCGCAAGUUUGUCUCGACCCGGCGCUUCGUCUACGUGCAGUUUACGCUGCCGACCAGUGCGGCGGCGGCGCUCGAGCUCGACGGACGCCGGCUCGACGAAAAGUGCACGCUCAACGUGGCGCUCUCGGACCCGUCGCGGCGCAAGGUGCGGUCGGACGCCGACGCCAAUGCGCGCGAGCUCUUCGUCUCUGGCCUGCCGCGCUUCGUGGCCGAGUCCGAGGUGCGCGCCCACUUUGAGCCGUUCGGACGCGUCGAGGCGGCUCGCCUGCCCUCGGCCGUCGAUGGCAAGGGCGGCGGUAAAGGCGUGGCGUUCCUCGACUUUGCCUCGCCCCUCGAUGCGACGAGGGCGAUGAAGGAGCUCAACGGGAGCAAGCUGCGCGGCAAGGUCAUUGCCGUCACGCUCGCCAAGAAUCGCGGGAUGCACGGCACCGUCCACUCGAACCCGCCCGCCCCUGCCCCCGCCGCUGGCUCAUCAUCCGCAUCGUCCCAAACGGGCACGCCGGCACCCGGUGGAGGAGCAGCAGCAGCAGCCGCGCCGACGAACCGAGCCGCACGACGCGGGGUGGAGGCGGAGCAACGACGACUUCGGAGCGUCCGGCUGGGCGGGAUCCCGUCGACGGCGCAAGAGGCUCUGAUUCAGCAGAGCGUCGAAAAGGCCAUGGGCGGCGGCGGCGGCGGCAGCGUGCGGCGCGUCUUCUGGACCGAGGGCGACGAGAGCGGCGUGGCCACCGUCGAGUUCCACGAUGUCGCGGUCGCGGGCCGGGCGGCGCUGCGCACCUCGUUCCCCUACGGCGAAGGCGUACAGAUGAGGGUGCUCCCCGAUGGCGCUGCCGCUUCGACGACAAAGGCAGCGGUGCCGCCAUCGGCUGGAGAUGCGGGGGGAGGAGGGGAGGGUGCGGAACGCGUGGAGGCCUUUGUGCCUCGUGCUUCGACGAGGGCGAGGGGCAGGGGCAGGGGACGCGGUAGGGGCGCGAGGGGCGGCCUGGGCUUUGGCGCCCACCCAUCCGCCCGCACAGACGGCGGCGCGCCCACGUCGGCGCCGGCGCAAGAGGGAACCAUGUCCGUGUCCGCGACCGACGACAUGGACGUCGAUGGAACACCUUCACUCUCGUCUGGCCCCGCCGCCGCUGCCAAGCCCAAAGGCCAGGACGACUUCCGCAAGAUGCUCCAGGGCUGA